AUGGGCUGGCCGAACAAGCGAUUAAGGACCUCCUACGCAAACAGCGCCGCGGCAGCAGAGCCCUCGCGCCGCAGCUGGGUGGCUAUCCCGAGCUUGCGCCACGCGGAAGCCGCGAGCAGAGGGCAACGCGCUGCGCCUGAGAUUGAUGACUGCGCGACUGCACAUCCGGGGAAGGGAGGCGCGGACGCGCCGCAACUUCCUUCCGCCUCUUGCCACAUCGAUCGUCUUCCUAACGAGCUCGUCGCGACUAUCUUGCGCGACGUCUUCAAGAAGGCGCAAUCGCUCUCCGACAUCGCCAGCCUGUUGCUAACAUGCCGGCGCUUUUACGACAUCUGUCGGCCCGCGUCGCACUGGUCGCUGCUGGCGUCCGCAUCCGUCGAAUCGCUGCUGCCGACGGACGCGGCGCAGUGGACUCCCGCAGUCCAGCGAUUCCUGUUGAGCGCCGCGACAGAGGGCAACAUCGAGGCAAUUUAUAUCGCGGGCAUGGUGCGUGCGUGA